GGGGAGGAGGUGAGCAGCAAGCGGAGGCGAGGGGCAACGCGGGGCUCCUUAGACUUUGCUCUUGGCCUGUGUAUAAAGGGCCACUUCGCUGGACGGACGCGUGGAUGUGGCAUGUGGAAGUGGCACUGCCCUGAGUGCCUGGCCAGCCCCAGUCUCAGCAGGAGCGAUGCUGCCCUACCGGACGGAGAGCCCGGUCCUGCCCGGUCGGUGCCCGAUGCGAGGAGGAAGGGUUGUGCACGGGCCACAGUUCGCCUACUGCCCCAGCCCCCAAGCUCUGCACCGGCUGCCGGGUGCCCACACCUGCCCCUUCACCGUCAGCACUGUGCCUUGCCCUGACCAUGGCUUCCCCUGCCCCGGCUCCCCGGGGCGCCUGCGCGAGGGCCGGGAGCGGUACGAGCUGGACGCGCUGUCCUGGCAGGGGCACCGACUGGGCUUGGAUGAGCUGCAGAGGCCAGAGCUCGGGUGCUGGGCCAGGGUCCAGUCCUUCUGUGUCUCCCUUCUAAAGGUGCCCCUGAUGUUUGGGUUCCUGUACCUCUUCGUGUGCUCUCUGGACGUGCUCAGCUCUGCCUUCCAGCUGGCUGGAGGCAAGGUGGCAGGGGACAUUUUCAAGGACAACGCCAUUCUCUCCAAUCCAGUGGCAGGGUUGGUGGUGGGCAUCCUUGUGACCGUGCUGGUGCAGAGUUCCUCCACCUCCACCUCCAUCAUCGUCAGCAUGGUCUCCUCAGGGUUGCUGGAGGUGCGCUCUGCCAUCCCCAUCAUCAUGGGCUCCAACAUCGGCACCUCGGUCACCAACACCAUCGUGGCCCUCAUGCAGGCUGGUGACCGCAGCGAGUUCAAACGGGCCUUCGCCGGUGCCACAGUGCACGACUGCUUCAACUGGCUCUCAGUGCUGGUACUGCUGCCACUGGAGGUGGUGAGUGGGUACCUGCACCACAUCACCCGCCUGGUUGUGGCCACCUUCAACAUCCGCAGUGGGAAAGAUGCCCCUGACCUGCUGAAGAUCAUCACAGAGCCCUUCACGAAGCUCAUCAUCCAGCUGGACAAGUCUGUGAUCACGGGCAUCGCGACAGGGGACGAGAGCCUGCGCAACCGGAGCCUCAUCCGUGUCUGGUGUGGCCCUGCAUCUCCACAGCCCACCUUCUCCCUGCAGAUCACCGCUGCAGGGCCUGGGACCCCCCCAAACUGCACAUCCCCCAGCCAUUGCAGCACUAAGGGCAUCGAGGUCCUCCACAACGUCACCAGGCAGAAGUGUGAGCACCUCUUCACCGACACACCACUGCCUGACCUGGCCGUGGGGCUGGUGCUGCUGGCCGGGUCCCUUGUCGUGCUCUGCACCUGCCUCAUCCUCCUGGUCAAACUCCUCAACUCCCUGCUCAAGGGGCAGGUGGCCAAAGCCAUCCAGAAGGUCAUCAACACUGACCUCCCACACCCGCUCAGCUGGCUCACCGGGUACUUCGCCAUGGUGGUGGGUGCUGGGAUGACCUUCGUGGUGCAGAGCAGCUCUGUCUUCACCUCGGCCAUCACACCCCUGAUCGGCCUGGGGGUGAUCAGCAUUGAGCGUGCCUACCCACUGACCCUGGGCUCAAACAUUGGCACCACCACCACUGCCAUCCUGGCUGCCCUGGCCAGCCCAGGGGACAAGCUGGCCAGCUCCUUCCAGAUUGCUCUGUGCCACUUCUUCUUCAACAUCUCGGGCAUCCUCCUGUGGUACCCACUGCCCUUCACCCGCCUGCCCAUCCGCAUGGCCAAGGCGCUGGGCGAGCGCACGGCCAAGUACCGCUGGUUUGCCGUGCUGUACCUCAUCAUCUGCUUCCUCCUGCUGCCCUCCCUCAUCUUCGGCAUCUCCAUGGCGGGCUGGCGGGCGCUGGUGGGGGUGGGCGCGCCCUUCCUCGGCCUCCUCUUCUUCGUCGGGCUGGUGAACGCGCUGCAGGCACACAGCCCCGGGCGCCUGCCCAAGUGGCUGCAGACCUGGGAUUUCCUCCCCGCCUGGAUGCACUCGCUGCAGCCCCUGGACCGCGUCAUCACCCAGGCCACCCUGUGCUGCACCGACCGCUGCCGCAGCCCCGAGGGCUGGGAGGAGCACGAGGGCGCUCCCCGCGACAAGGCCAGGCUGGGGCUGGACAACCCCGCCCUCUCCUACCCCGAGGAGAUGCCCAGCCCCACCAUGCGGGUGGGCUCUCCUCGCCCUCUCCCGCACGGUGCCACACGGCUCUAGCUGCCAAUGCACACACAGGGCUGCUUCUCCUGUGGCCGCUGGUGCCCACCUUCCCUGCUCAGCUCUAAUAAAGGGGGAGCGCCCAC